AUGGCGCCCGCGACGGGGAUGACGAGGCGGGAGACCGGGGUGCCGCAACAACGCCACGCGAGCGCCCCCGCCAGCACGGCGGAUGAGACGGCGAUGACCGGAAAUGACGGCUCCACCGACUUCGAUCUCGCGCUCGAGUCCAACGAGGUACUCGCGGCGAUGGACGACGCCGCGUUCACGCGCGCGGUCACUAGGUGCCUCGCCUCGCAUCGCAAAAUCUUCAGCGCGCAGCAGAACAACUGGGCGUCCGUCCGGCUCGCCGCGAACCUCGCGCCGACCCUGCGCGGCGUCGCGGCGGAGGACGCCAAACGCCAAGAUCGCGCGACGGCCCGCGCGGCGGACGCCAUCGCGGAUCGCGCCAAUCCCGACGACCCGGGCGAAUGGCGAACGUCAGAUCCCAACCGCGAUCCGGACGUCGCGACCGUGGUGGUGAGGCGCUGGGAGAACGGAGCCUCGUCGGGUUCGACCGAGGAGAUCUUGCAAUGCCUCACCGAGACCCUGCCCGCUAUCAGAAACGUUCCGCCGUACACCAGCUACAUCUACAGCGCGCACGAGAACUCCUACGUCCAGGACGAGGUCCGUCGCCGGCUCAUGCUCCGCGACAACGAGGGCGAGCUCUAUCACGAACUCUCCGACUCUGAUGCGAGCGAGUCGGACUCGGGGUCGUCCCAGCGCCGAUCCGACGUCGAGGGCCUGGGCGACGACGACGACGGCACGGAGCGACGCGCGAGGCGGCGGACCGCGCGCGCGGGGAAGAAGGAGCGCGUCGCCGCGAGGCUGGGCAAGGCUAAGCCCUCGGAGGAGUACGUCGAGGAAGCCGCCGCAAAUCACGGACCGAUCGACGAAGCCGAGGCGAAACAAAAGGCGGAUGAAGCCGCGGCGAAUCGACACUGGGACAAGCGCACCGAUUACCUCAUCUACGCCGCCGCCGUGUGCCUCGGAACCACGACGCGGUGCAUCGAGGCGGUGGCGGCGAACCUGCGUUUGGAGCCGAGGAUCUUACGCGCGAGGAUGAGGACGCUCCAAAAGGCUCGAAACGCGCGCGGCGGAGAAAAGAACGAACGAAUCGACCGGCGCGGCGUCUCGAUCGCGGCUGUUCACGAGGGCGCGAAGGCGGCGCACGAGGCUGGGGUACGCGCCGCGCAGGAGUACCGCGCGGCGCUCGCGGUGGCCAAGGGAGACGCGAAGGUUGGCGAGGAGGAGGGUGACGUGGAAAUCAAGAUGGACCCGGGCUCCGACGAGGAGGAGGACGGGGUUGGGGAGGAAGAGGGGGAGGAAGGGACGGGAUCCGGCGGCAAAGAGCGCGAGAAGGCGAACGAAAAGGACGGCGGGGACGACGCCGGACCCGCGAUCACGCGGCGAGCGACCCGCGGCAUGGCGGACGCGUCCGUCGUUCCCGUUCGUCGCAAGGAUUCUCGCGAGACAAAGCUGUGGAACCUCGUGGCGUGGCGGUUUCUCUCGGAACCGGACUCGACGGAGGACGUCCACGGCGGCGGCCUCCCGCGACACGCCGACGUGGACCCCGCGCUGGAUUCCUUCCGGACGCUGUACUGCCCGAGGUGCCACCACUACGACUGUAACCUGCACGGCUGCGGGCACGCGCAGCCGACGGUGAAGCUCGGCGAGGAGGAGGCGAGCAGAAACCCGCACCAUCGAAGCAAGACCCACAUGGAGGCGGUACGACGCGCGGCGAAGGAGGCGGAGGAGGCAGCGGCCGCCGCCGCAGCCGCCGCCGCGACUGGGCGCAAGACGCGCGGCCAAAUCGAUCGCCCCGCGCUCGCUCAACCCCCGUGCGGGCCCCGGUGUUGGCUCAUGGACGCCUCGGCCCGCGGGAACGCCUCGGCCCGCGGGAACGCCUCGGCCGACGCGCCCACCGGCGCCUCUCCCAUCCGCUUCGACGCGGCGAGGAUCAAGCGCGAGGCGGGCGAGGCCGCGACGGCCAGGGCGGAGAAGGCGAAGGCCGCGCCGCGGAGGUCACCUCGAGGCACGCCCCAGAAACAAACGACGAACACUCCCCGGAAGUCCCCUCGCGUCGGCGGCGGCGAGGGCCCGGCGGCCGGCGACGCGGACGCGGCCGAGGCGGAAGUUGACUUUCUCAACGAACGCCCCGUGUCCGGCGGCGUCGACGCCGACGCGGUGGUCUCCACGCCGGUCAGACAGACGGACCCUAAGCCCGCCCCGCGCUGGUCCUCCUUUGACGAGUCGUACUACGCGAAGAUGAGGGUGGUGUACGGCGACGGCGGCGACCCGUGCGCCAUAGCCCGCGCCAUCGACGGACCUUCGUGCGUCGAGGUGUAUCGACGGCUCCGCGCGGACCUUCAACGCGAGGGCGAGGCGGAGGCGUCGCGGUCGGAGCACCAUAGCGACGCCGAGGACGAGGAGGGACGGGGCGGCGGCGGCGGUCGCGGGGGCAAUCGGAGGAAGGGCGGGAAGAAGAGAAAGGGUUGGAUCACCCAGCGCAAGCGAACGACGACCGCGGUGAUUCGCCGGCGGAUGCAAGGGAACGAGGAGGACCACGUGUGGACCCAGUACACGCCGUGCGAUUGCGGUCCGGGGGGCUGCAAAGCGGCGACGUGCGCGUGCAUGAGCGACGGGAACUUUUGCGAAAAGUACUGCAGCUGCCGCGGGCCGCUCUCGCGAUGCGCCAACGCGUUUACGGGGUGCAACUGCAGGAGCGGGACGUGCGGGACGCGCGCGUGCCCGUGCUUCGCCGCCGCGCGCGAGUGCGACCCCGAAAUCUGCAAGCGUUGCGCGCACACCGCGCAGGUCAUCGCGCACGAGCGCCGCGACGGGUGGCCGUUUACCGACAUCUGCGAGCCCGUGCCCGCGCCGCCGAAGGAACCAACCGAGGCGACCGCCGCCAGGAGCGAUCCCAACGAGCAGUGCGGCAACAUGAAGCUCUACCUCCGGCAGCACAAGCACGCGUGCCUCGGUUUGUCGGGCGUCGAAGGAUGGGGAUGCUUUUUGAAGAACGGCGCGCGGAAGAACGAGCUCCUCGGCGAGUACACCGGCGAGCUCAUAUCGCAGACGGAGGCGGACCGACGGGGUAAGAUUUACGACAAGCUCAACUCCAGCUUCCUGUUCAACCUUAACGACCAGUGGGUGCUGGACGCGGCGGUUAGGGGCAACAAGCUCAAGUUCGCGAACCACUCCGCGACGCCAAACUGCUACGCGAAGGUUCUCAUGGUCCGCGGCGAUCACAGGGUGGGCAUCUUCGCCAAGGAGCACAUAGCGCCGGGAGAGGAGCUCACGUACGACUACAGGUACGAAGUAGACAAGGCCCCGGACUGGGCCCUCAAGCCUACCGAGAUGGAGGACUGA